ACCGGAGGAAGUGUGCCAUCUGAGCCGUUGACAAAUGUGACAACAUCGCCCCGAAGAAAAGUGCAAAAAUUGUCGGGCGAUGACAGUGGAUCGAUGGAAACAAAUGAUUAUGAAAAUGGGAACAAUGGAAUUUUGUUUGAAAAUGAUACAAAAGCUGUUAUAUGGGGCCAGCAGAUCAAAGCUGUUCAGGGAAUGCUUGAUUUUGACUUCGUUUGUGGUCGCAAGGAGCCCUCGGUGGUUGCGUCAACUUAUCCAUUCACCGGUGAUCACAAGCAAAAGUUUUAUUUUGGACAUAAGUUUAGUGCUAUUUUCGAAAUUUUAAUCCCGGCAUAUAAAAUGAUGAAAGAUGCGUUUAAUGCGCAUCCAGAUGCUUCGGUAUUAAUCAGUUUUGCAUCGCUACGAUCUGUUUUUGAGACUGUGCGAGAAGCUCUGGAAUAUCCACAAAUUCGAGUUAUUGCUAUCAUUGCUGAAGGGGUGCCAGAAAAUCAAACCAGACGAUUGAUCAAGGUAGCAAAUAAGCGCGGUGUUAUUAUAAUUGGCCCCGCUACAGUUGGUGGCAUCAAGCCUGGUUGCUUCAAAAUUGGCAACACUGGUGGUAUGAUGGACAAUAUCUUAUCACUAAAAUUGUACAGGCCAGGAAGUGUUGCAUAUGUAUCACGUUCUGGUGGCAUGUCAAAUGAGCUGAAUAAUAUUAUUGCGCAAAAUUCGGAUGGUGUCUAUCAAGGAAUUGCGAUUGGAGGUGAUAGAUACCCAGGAAGUACCUUUAUUGAUCACCUCCUUCAAUAUGAAAAAGAUGACAGAGUGAAAAUGAUGGUAAUGCUUGGCGAGCUGGGAGGCGACGAGGAGUAUAAAGUUGUUGAGGCUCUAAAAGAGAAACGCCUAACAAAACCACUGGUUGCAUGGUGCAUCGGAACAUGUGCUGACUACAUCACAUCAGAGAUCCAAUUUGGCCAUGCCGGUGCAUCAGCUAAUGCAAAAUCGGAAACAGCAAGCGCGAAAAAUUUGGCGCUAAAAGAAGCUGGUGCUUAUGUACCGCGUUCUUUUGAUGACCUUGGCAAUGAAAUCGCAAAGGUAAAAUUUCAGCUUCUUUGUUUGGGUAUUCAGCCAUCUGAUGAUACUAGUAGCAGAUGA